AUGAUUCGUAGAAGGGACAAUAAUAAGCGAGCAUUCUAUGUUGUUCAAUUCCUAGAAUUGCCUUUUGAAGGUAUUGAUGAUUACGUAUGCGUGCCGUACACUUGGCUGAUAGUACGUAAAGCGACGGAUCAGAAGUCUAUUGUUGCGUACCCUAAAGGGGAAGAUCCUUUUGUCACCAAAGAUCGCGUCAAGAACAAGGAGAGAUGCAAUAACGAGUGGAGAUUUUUUAUGGCUGCGAUCAAAUAUGAAACAGAUAGUUACGGAGAUGCAGAAUAUUGGAUUGCGAUGAGAAAUGAUAAUGGACCUUCAGUAGAAAGAGAAUUAAAAACAACAGAUAUAGAAACAGAGUUCUCGUUAAAUAAGAAAUUGCGUAAUGCCAACCGAAACCAUUCGUCGAAAUUAGAUGAUAAUCCUCGGAAACCACUGCCAAAAAUAUUAAUCAAGCGACCAUCACUACCAGAACCGAACAAACAACUUAAUGAGAAACAGAUGAAACUGGAUGACGCUGCUCAGUCAUCUGGCACUAUUGUUACCGACGCUAAUGCAGAGCCUGGAUCUUCAAGACAGGAACAAUCGAUUAUAGCCCAGGACAACCAAACAAUGGAAUCUGCUCAGACAGGAACAACUGCUAGUGAUUCUAACGGUACAUUGAGCUCCUCUCAGCGGAAAGAUGAAAACCUCCAAGAAUCAUUACCAAUACAAGAGCAACAAGAAUUGAGUAGGUCGUACAUAAAUGUAGCAACACCAGAUACACCAACCUUUGUUAUAGACGACAAUGAAGAAGUCCAACCUACCAGUAUUGAGGAACAGCAAGUACCUUCUUAUCAAGCUAUCUCACAAUUUACGAAACAGUCGAAACCCGUCCAACAACCUCGAAUUGUGGCGGCCCCAUCAAUAGAGAUGACUCAAAAACCGGUUGAAAAGCGAAUACGACUAAUGAAUAUUAAAAGGAAUUUGGAAAUUGCCGCACAGAACCAAUCAAACUUAAUGGAUCGAAGUCGAACGUUAUUGACGCGCUCAGUGGAAGAACAAUCAUCCGCAACCACUCAAAAUCAAUCACAAGAUGGUACUCAAUUACAAGAAAUGCGCAGCGGAAAUAGUAGAAAAUCGACAGCUCUGCUCCGUAGCAUGGCGAUUAGCUCUCAAGAAAUUAAUGAUGUACCUAGAAUUAAUCUAAAUAACACUCAAAACGUAAAUACUGUCGAUCCACGGAAUAUUGUUCAGAGUUUCACCAAGGUUGCAUCAGCUUCACAAAGUAGUCUAAGCUCAUCCCUUCAGCGCCCUAGCUAUGGUCGACAAUUAGAUGGACAGCAAAGCUUGCUAAAUCAACAACAGUCUCUCACGCAAUCUUAUCAGAAUCAAUGUAUACCGACUAAUGGAAAUAACUUUGAACAAGACCUACUUAGGAAAUCUGCAGAGCGUAACAAUUACGAACAGCGACCUAACUCUCGGCCUAUCAGAAUGAGUACUCCAUCUAUCGGACAAAAUUCAAUUAUCCCUUCCAGUCCGUUGUAUCAGACCUCCAAGCUUCCACAACAGAGACAGUCGCACCCAUCUCAGCAAGACUCACAACGGCAACCACAGAAACCGAAAAUACGUAUUGGCACCUCUACCAAGCCACAAAACAACCGGCAAACACCUACUUUUCAAGUCACAAAAGAAACGCUGUCACCUAUUCUUACGAAGGUUCUAAAUUCGGUACGACAAGCACUAUCAACUACUCAUAACCAAUAUCUUCAGAACGAGCGGCAAUUUCAGGGAAAUCAUAGUAAACGUGCACCUGUUAAUGAAAAUCAUCUGAGCCAAAUUGACAAUACAUUGCAAACAGAUGAGUGGAUGGAAGAAGAAACUCCGUCAGCGCAUUAUGGGGCAAAUUCAGAUUCCGAUACUGUUACUGAUCAUGAAGUCACUUCAGAUCAGGAGAUGUCUGCAGAUGAAGCACCUGUUGAAAGAACGAAUAACUUUUACGGCCCUGGAAUCAGUUCUGGAAGUAGCUCUGCAGACAGACCGAUAGCUGCACAAAACUCUACGAUCCACCAGACGCAUUCUAAAGUUAUAUUGGAGCAGCAAAUGUUAGAUAACUUUGCUACACUCUUAACUCAAAUGGGAUCUACUUUGCGUUAUACUACUGAUAUGUACAACACCCUACGAAGUUCAAUCCUCGAUACUGCCCAAACAUAUAAAAAAUUAUUGGGUGCAGUCGAAGAAUUCAACUCAGUGCAAAAAUUAGCCAGCAAUUCAUCUUCUUCAAGCAACCGAACAGAAGAAGUCUCACAGUUGUCUGAAGAAAGACACAUUGAAGUAGCAGCGAGUACUAGUUCUAGUACUCAGAAUCAACAUAGUCGUGGUGAUGCUAACAGAACGCCGAAAAUAAAAUACAACUCAUGGCGUCUUGUUCUACCACCGGAAUAUGAUCCUCGUGAUACCAGAUGGACAUUGAAGUAUCGAACAAAUCUGCCAGGACUCGUAGAACUUACGCCUCAAAGUGGUGUUUACGUCAGCUACGGAGACCUCAAAUACUGUCAGCAAGUAUCAAAAGAUUGCCAAUCAUUAGCGAAGCGAUUAUUAUCAGCAGUAUUUAACAGAAAAGCACUAAGUGUUUGUUUCUCAAUGACUGAGAAAGCGCAGGCACCUGAUAAUGUUGUAUCUAAUAUAAGGCCAGAAUUAGAUGAUAAUGCGUGUACGGUACUGUUAAAUUUCGUUUUAGAGCACGGACUCCAACGUGGUUGGAAUACUGAUCUACAACCUAUCCUCAGUACUUUACAUUGUAAGAUUCAAGAGAUUCGGUUCAAAUACGGUGUAGUGGUUCAAUGCUAA